GUUUUUUAUUUUCCUAUUCAAUUCAGUUCUGCAGUUCCAUGAUUCAAGUGUUACCGGUAUAUUCGUAUGUUUGUUCAUGUAUUAUAGUUGUCUGUUUGCUAGCUUUUCGUUGGAUAUCUACAUGGUGAAGUAGUGGAUUUACAUUCACAAGAUGAAAUUUUCAGAAGGAAAGGAUGGGACCCAGGCAGAAUGCCUUUGUUGCUGCGGUAUAAGAUCUACCAAAAGCAGAACGUCUUCCGUAUACAAUCGAACUGUGACAGAUGGUACCGGUACAGGCAUAGUUGAAGACGGUGUUGAUGGAGGAAACAAUAUUAAAACCUGCAUAUGCUGUUGGUGCAUGGGAUGUGAUCAGGAAGGUGUUUAUGUUUGGCUGAAGAAUUUACUUCUACUGUAUAAUUUUAUAUUUUGGCUUCUUGGAUUUUGCCUAAUCUCACUGGGAGUUUAUUCUGAAAUCAUGCGACAGCAAUAUUCAUCAGAAGCAAAUGCUGUUUUUCUAACUCCGUCUGUUGUUCUUUGUUUUAUUGGAUCUUUUUGUUUCAUAUUUGCUACAUUAGGUGGCAUAGGAGCUCUCAGAGACAACUUAUGCAUGCUGAAAACAUUUGUGUACUCAAUUCUAUUUUUUGUAAUCAUCGAGCUGACUUGUGGAAUCCUUGCUCUUGUGUUCAAGGAACCUGCAAAAGACUUCGUGAAUCAUUUCAUAUUGAAAGGUUUGACAACGUAUUAUGAUGAUCGAGAUAUGAAAGAUGUCAUAGAUUAUGUACAAAGAGAGUUCCAAUGCUGUGGAGGAGAACUAUACAGAGACUGGGAAGUGAAUGUUUAUCACAAUUGUACUGCACCAGGCCCAACUGCAUGUGGAGUUCCUUAUUCAUGCUGCUUGCAAGAGAAUGGAACCAUCAACAUCAAUUCUAUGUGUGGAUAUGAUACCAUAAAUCUCAAGAUUUUUGAAGCCAAUAGUUUUGUUUAUACUGAAGGAUGCAUCAAUGCUGUUAUUGAUUUUUUUCUGAUCAAUCUUAAUGUCCUGGCUGGUAUUUUACUGGGAGUGUUUUUACCACAGAUUGCAGGUUUAGUCAUUGGAGUUUGGUAUUCUCGGAUUGUGAGAAAAAUGAAAACGGAAUACACUGCAAUGAAGAAACAGCAACGGCAGAUGGAAAUGACAGAAAAACAGGCUGGAUUUCGUCUGGCCAGGAGAAAUUCUGGAUCAGAUGAUGAAAUAAUACAAGUGUAGUUGCUGAUGUUUUAGGAUCAUUGUUGCUACAGGGUAUCUAGCUAACUGCUGUGCUUUCUAUAAAAUCCAUGCUAAGUGUUCAGCUCACCGGUUCUCAACCAAUGGUUUAUGGGCCACAGUAAGAUAAAAUUGAUAAAGUAGUUAAUUUUGAUUGUAGUGCCAAUGAAUGAUGAUGCUGUUUUCUGCUAUUAUGUGGUAUUUUUCAUUCUAAUUAUCAAAGUGAGAGCGCAUAUUUUUGAGGACAUGUUUUUUUUUAGUUUUCCCCCCUUGCAUGAGAAAGUUGAUGAGCCACAGAAUUUUUGUGCAAUGAAACUGGGCCAUGGAAGAAAAAGGUUGAGAACCACUGGUUUAGCUGAAUCAUUUUCCAAAAAGAGUCUCUUGUACACAAUCAUAAAAGUACUUUUACCUAAUGUGAAAAUUCAAAUAGGUCUGUUGAAGAAAAUUCACAAUCGACCAGACUCUAAAUCAGAGGUUCUCGAGCUUUUUAAGCCAUGCACUCCCUUUAUAAUAUUCAAAAUAAAGAAAUGUAAAUAUUCGAUUCAAUUAAGGCAGGCAAGAUCAAAUAUGACAAAUAUUUUUAUUUUUAAAUAGCCUCACUCCCCCUCCCUCCUCAAAAUAUUGUCUACUCCCCCUUGUGGGACGUGCCCCACCAUUUGGGAACCACUGCGCCAAAAUAUCUGACUCGAGUUCCGUUUUAAUCGAAUUUUGGUUACAAAAACUUUGGCAUAUGCAGGCCUUAAUUGAUAGACGGUUAUAUGAAAGCUUGGUAAAAAAAGCUUAGCUUUUUAAAAAAAAUUGAGUUCAUGUUCAAUGAUCAAUUUCUGCUCCAAUGAAAACAUGCCUCGCAAUGACUCAACAGCCCUGGAUUGGAAUACCAAUUUUAUAUACUGGUAUUAAGUUCCUAUUUUUGAUUUUGUUGAAAAAUCAAAUACUAGUUUUAUAUAAUUCAUUUGUUAGUAAUGAUGUCAGUUCAAUUUUUUAUUGUGUCAGUUCUAGACUUGAAUCUCAUAUUUUUUAAAUAGUUUUAGGAUUCUUAAUUAAAUCACAAUUGUAUGUUUGAUUUAUUUUUAAUUAAUUUAUAUAAUUGAGCACUGUUACCUAUCAAGCCAUUAAUUAUGCAAAUAAUAUUCAUAUCAACUAGUAUUUGUUAAUCAAAGAUAAGUGAUUUUAUUUGCUUUUUAUUAUGCAAACUGUGGCCAAAACUAGCAGAAUAUCUGGUGUGCGCAAUGGCUCAAAACGAGUAUGCUUUUGGGUGUGCUAUGUCGGUAAUCAUGCUAAUCCAUAUCGAAAACUAUUAGCAUCUGAGUUUUAUCGAUCAGUCAGUUAUUGGCUCGUAUGUAUAUUUCAUAUUGGAAAUAAUUUGGCAUAUAUUGCUGCAAUUUGGAAUUUGAAUAAUUGACUUUGUUGGGGAUGUGAAACAGCAUGAAUUAGUCUUUGUCGCAGUAGUUUUGUGAAUUCUAGUUCAGCUGCACUCAAGUAUACUACUCCACACUUUUUUAAUUUUCUUUCUCACUAGCUAAACCAAUUAAUCCUUAUAAGAAUUAAUAAAUUAAUUAAAAUCACUGUUCUUAUAACCAAAUGCACUGUUAAUUAUAUGUUAAUAUAAGCACUGUUAAUUACGUUUUUCUUCUUUGUACUUUUUAUAUAUCAUAGGGCUACUUUUUGUAUGAUUUUUCACGACUGUAGUUCAUAUUAUUUUAUUGAAUUUUAAGCAUAAUUUUGUUAAUUAAUGGUCAUUCUGUCUCGUAAGUCUAUAUUAGUUUGUACUGUAGGGUAGGCUUCCACCACAAGUCUGUCUGUGUUUGGGUAUUUAUGAGUGAUAAAAGUGUAUGUGUCAUAAGCAUAGUUACAGGUUGAUAAUUGAGAUUGAAUUUUUGUAUUUUAUAGUAUUAAGGCUCGACAUUCAAUCAUUGUUGCAUAAUUACCUCUGAAGCGCCAACAAUUAUAUUUAAUUUCCUCACUUAUUGUAAUUCUCUAAUUUAUGCUUGUAGUUUGGGGAAAUGAAUGGUUAAUCGGUUGACCGUAUUUGUGUCCUAAACUGUUACAAAUGUUAUUAACCUUUGACCAUUUGGAUAUAUUUUAUAUUUGGUUAUACAGGGUGUCCAUAAAAGUCCCCUUACAAUUUUAAUUUUUCUAUGAAGUCAGUUCUCAAUAUACCUUAAUUAACCAGGUUUGUUGUUUUUAACCAGUAAUUGUUUAAUUUACUUCAUUUAAUGCAUCUGUGAGAGCCAAAACGAUAUAUGGUAUUGAUAAAUUCCCAUUUUUUUAAGACUUUAUGGUCACCCUAUAUGUUAUCGCCUGUAUAAUGUCAAAUCCUACAAAACAAUUUUUUAUCUGAAUGACAGAACUAUAUAUAAGCACUUCGGUGCUCCAGCAGUAUGCGCACCAAGAUGUCGCACAACCUGAAUCCUAACUUGUACACACAUACUAUGUUCAGGUUGUGCGCCAUCUUGGUGCACAUAUUUCUGGAGGUCCAGCACUUAUUCGAUGCAAUCAUGUUAAUUUCCCUCCUAACUUGUAAUCGAUAAAGUUUGUUCCCUAAUGGAUGGCUUAAAAUCUUAAAUUCCACCCCUGAUUGUGGUGUUUAUACAAUUCAUAUAAUGUUCUGGGUAAUAGAUUAAAUAUUGCGCUGUAAACAAUUUUUGCUUUACCGUUUGUUUGAUGCUUAUGCAAUAAAAUUUUGCUUACGGA